AUGGCAUCGAAGACGAAAAAGGCAAAGUUAGAACUAGACCACUACGAAAUUGUUAAAGUCUUCGCAUUGAUCAUCGUCAAUGAAAAAUUCCAGGGCGAUGUUGCCAACCGGUACCCUAACCGUCAUGGUGCUGAUGCUGACAGAAAAAAAUUAAAGGAAGCUUGCAAAACUGCUACAUUUACCGUCAAUGAUAUCAAAGGCCUAAAUGAUACCAGCACCCUAAAGUUCAAACGUAACAUCGACCAAGAAACAACAGAUGACUCAAAAAUAGAUGGCCAAGAAACAGAUGACCAAGAAACAGAUGACCAAGAAACAGAUGACCAAGAAACAAAUGACAUGGAAACAGAUGACCUCACAGGAGACGAAAUGAGAAAUCUUUUCAAGACCAUUUCUAAGGCAGAUUUCAGCUCCUACGAUGCAUUUACUUGUUUCAUAUCAAGUCAUGGAGGAUCAGAGGGAAUUGUAGGAGUCGAUGGUGACACAGUUCCCAUUAACACACUCGUUGAUUAUUUGAAAAAGUGUCCUACUUUAGUAGACAAACCGAAGCUUCUUUUCAUCCAAAAUUGUAGAGGGACAAGGAUAGAUCAUGGGAUUCGUAAGCCUAAGGGUAAUACGGUAGCCGAUCACGGAUUCUCUGUUACUGUUCCCACCGAAGCUGAUAUACUGGUUGCCUAUUCAAGUGUAGAUGGGUACGAAGCUUAUAGAGAUCAUGAGGAGGGAUCGUGGUUUAUCACUGAGUUGACGAAGGUUUUAAAGAAACAUGUGCACAGCAAACAAUUGACCGACAUGCUUGCUAUAGUCAACGAUUUGGUUUCCAACAGGCAAUCUGAG